AAAGACUCCAGUGAAAUGGAUCAAAAAAGUGGAGUGAGGGAAAACUAUGGCCAUCGGCGUCAGCCAGCCUUGGGCAAAGCCAUGCCAGUGACAGCUCUGUUGUUAAAUUUGGAAGUGAAUCCUUUGGAUUACCGAAGAAGUGAUGGUGGCUCAAAACAGAUGGCCGAAGAAGAUGAUAAACCACCGCAGUUGUUUAGCAUAACCGAUGAGCCCCCAUCGCCACCCAGUGACGAAGAGGACUUUAAGCCCCCGAAUCACUAUACGGAGGAUCAAAAGCUGGCUGGUCAUUCGCAUAGGGAUACACCCUGUUCGAAUUGCCUUCAAUCCGCACCCGAUCACCUAAUCGAUCGCAGUUCGGCCAUUAACGAGAUGUGCCAACGCCUGUGUGGUCCCGAAUGCCGAAGACCUCAAGGCCUCACGCUCGACGGUUUUCGCCAGGAUUUCCUCAGGCAGUACGAGAUCGCGGAAGCUGUGGCCAAGACCUCGGCCAUGACCUCCACCGUUCAGAUGAAACAGCGCCUGGCGGCACGUAAACUGGAAAUUGGCAAGGAAAUGGAUGACCAGCUGGGCGUGGCCAGCCCCCAUAUCGAUAUCAAUCUUGGCCAGAGUGGUUCCGCUGCACCUUCGGCUGCUGGAAAUGGAGAGUUUGAGUUUGAGCCGCCCCGCGAUCUGCUCUUGUAUCUGGUGAGAAUGGGCUCAUUCAACACGGCUCCAAAGAUCAACAACGUGGAUUCCCAGGACGAUGGACUGGAAUUGCCCGCGGGUCUGGACACCUCGGCUCUUCUCCAGCACGUCCAGCAAUUGAGGGGCGGUGGAAUCGAGCAGCCUUCGCUGCUUACCCGCGGCUUCCUGAAACCUUUCCCGGUGGACGAAGACGUCGCCGACGGACUACGAUGCCUCCAGCUGAACUCCGUAUCGAGGGUUUGCAGUGCGCCAGUUGAGGGCGACGCCUCGCAGAACAUUCGUUUGCUGCAAUGGAACAUUCUAUCGCAAACUCUCGGCCAACACAACGAUGGAUUUGUGCGCUGUCCCGAGGAGGCACUCACCUGGGAGCACCGCAAGUACCUGAUUGUCCAGGAGAUCCUGCAGAACCAGCCCGAUGUGAUUUGUCUGCAGGAAGUAGACCAUUUCAAGUUCCUGCAGACGGUGUUGGGUAGCCAGAAUUAUGAGGGCAUCUUCUUCCCGAAGCCGGACUCCCCAUGUCUAUAUAUCGAGCAGAACAAUGGACCCGAUGGAUGUGCCAUUUUCUAUAAGCGCGAUAAGUUACAGCUCCAGGGAUACGAUACCAGGAUCCUGGAAGUGUGGCGUGUGCAGAGCAACCAGGUGGCCAUCGCCGCCCGGCUGCGAAUGCGAUCCAGUGGUCGAGAGUUCUGCGUGGCCACCACCCACUUGAAGGCCCGCCAUGGCGCCCUUUUGGCCAAGUUGCGUAACGAACAGGGCCGGGAUCUCAUCCGGUUUGUGAAGCAAUUUGCCGGUGAGACGCCUCUGCUUCUGUGCGGCGAUUUCAACGCCGAGCCGGUGGAGCCCAUCUACGCCACGAUCCUGGGCUGUGAUCUUCUCCGCUUGGGCAGUGCCUAUGCCGAUGUGAAGCUAGACCACGAGGAGAUCCUGCAGCCCAGCGAGGAUGUGGGCGAGUUCGUGUCGGAGUCGAUGAAACGAGAGCCACCCUACACCACCUGGAAGAUUCGUGAGGAGGGCGAGGAGUGCCACACCAUCGACUACGUUUUCUACACACCCGAUCGUCUCAAGAUCAAAAAUUGCCUAAACUUUCCAGAGGGCGAACAAAUCGGCAAGAACCGCACACCCAGCUACCAAUAUCCAUCGGAUCACUUUUCCCUCGUGUGCGAUUUCGAGCUGCUACCUUCGGUGGAAAACGGAAAGGAAAGCGCCAGCGAUGGGAAAAAUGAAACGGAAUCGGAGGGCAGCAAACACGGAUCCAUUCAGUAGAAGACACCAGUUUCAGAAUUCACCAGAGAAGAAGUUUCAAUUACAUUACAUCGAUUGUGAUAUUAGUUGUUAGAUACAUAUUAGCCUCAUACACAACCGUUGCACUACAGCUUGCAGCUUUAACAAAUGAUAAUCCAAAAUCACAAUAAAUAAAUGACAUAAUAUGGAAGAAAGUUAACUAAAA